UAUCAGUUCAUACAGAAAUGCGUAAAAUACUUUACAGUGUCAGAAGAAUAUACUAUAUGAUUCUUGCCAUCAUCGGUGUUCCUGCUAAUUCAAUCGUGAUUAUGAUACUAUCCCGUAGAAGAUGCGGACUUUCUUCGUGCACUACGCUUUACCUGGUGGCUAUGGCAGUCGCAGAUUUGCUGGUAAUUAUUUUUGAGGUAAUUCUCUGGCGUACCAGCUAUUAUUUUUUCCCAGGCUCGUUCCUGGAAAUAACUCCAUUGUGCAGUGUAAUAUUUUUCCUGGGCUGCACAGCCUCUGACUGGUCUGUGUGGUUCACCAUCACUUUUUCCUUUGAUCGAUUUGUGGCAAUCUGUAUCCGGAAGUUCCGAUCAACGUAUUGCACCGAGAAAACUGCAGCUGUGACAUUGAUAACGACGGCCGUUCUGUUUUUCUUAAAAAAUGUGCCAUUCUACUUUACUCUCGAAUCUGCAGAAAUAAUCAACAAUAUACCAUGGUUUUGUUUUACCAAGCCAAGCUAUUUUACGGAACCUGGAUGGGUGGGAUUUAAUUGGUUUGACACAGUGUUGAACCCUUUGCUUCCAUUCACUCUAAUAUUGUUCCUGAACGCUCUUACAGUCAGACAUAUAAUGGGGGCCAGUCGCGUCCGUAAACGACUGAAAUUACAGAGUAAGGGAGAGAAUCAGCGCGACCUGGAGAUGGAGAACAGAAGGAAAUCUGUAGUUUUACUCUUUACCGUAUCCGGUAGUUUCAUCCUCCUGUGGCUCAUAGAUGUUAUGGAGUUUUUAUAUUAUUAUAUCACAGGAACAGAUCCUUCUGCUUACAACGAUUCCCUAUAUAUAUUUCAACAGGUAGGAAUCAUGAUGCGAAGUUUAAGUUCCUGCACAAACACAUUUAUUUAUGGUGUCACUCAGACCAAGUUCAGGGAAGAGAUCAAAUGCUCAGUGAAAUAUCCGUUGACUUCAUUUGUUAAAUUAAUCAUCAAUCGAAACAACUGA